ACCUCUAAUGUAAUCGAAUCAUGAAACGGAGCUAUUAGUAUUGUUCAUGAUUCACGAAAACAAGCUCGUGUGUAUCGACUGAUGCACACAACGACCAAUCUUGCACUGAACAUACUACUCACAUUGUUUUAUUCUUCGCACUUUGCAGGGGAGGGCCUUCUAAGCCAACCGGCAAGGCUAGCCCCCAUCCUUACAGUGCUCUCGCUGCUGCUCGUUUCUUGUGGAGUCAGCAGCAUCCACUGCUCCUCCUCAACGACGACGACAGUCCAUGAUAACAGCACGGAUAUGAUUUCGCUCCUAGAUUUCAAGCGGGCCAUCACCAACGACUCAAGUCAAGCCUUGACAUCUUGGCGCGUCGGCGCCCCCCUUUGCUUAUGGAACGGCGUCGUCUGCGGCCGCCCGAAGCACCCGGGCCGAGUCAUCGAGCUGAGCCUUACGAACCUAUCGUUGUCGGGCCCGAUUUCACCGUCCCUCGGGAAUCUAACGUUCCUUAGGCUACUGGACCUGUCCAGUAAUGGCUUCAGCGGUGUGAUACCUCCUCUCAACCGUCUCCAAAGAUUGGAGUACCUUGACUUGAGUGACAACUCACUGCAAGGGAUCAUUCCCAGCGGUAUAGACCUCCUAUCCAAUCUAUUGUUCUUACAUCUUGAAGAAAAUAAUCUCACCGGAGAAAUCCCACCAAGCCUAAAAAACAUCAGUCAGCUUGAAGAGAUCACGCUUGGUGGUAAUAAGCUCACCGGAACAAUCCCUGAUGAGUUGGGAAAACUCCCAAAUCUUUCUAUUUUAGAGCUUGCUUCAAAUAGGUUAUCAGGGGGAAUCCCGGAAACCCUGUAUAAAUACAAUCAGUCUUCUCUCCGGGGUUUACACUUAGGUUCCAAUACGCUUGGGAAAACACUACCAUCUAACUUUGGUGAUACCUUCCUGAAUCUUGACUAUCUCAUAUUGGAGGAUAACAAUUUUGAAGGUCAUCUCCCAGCGUCACUAGGCAACAUUUCAAGGUUAGUGUGGUUAGACUUGUCAUUCAACAAUUUCGUUGGUCAAGUUCCAAGUUCUUUUGGUAAUCUUGGAUGGCUACGAAACCUAAACCUUCAGGCAAACAAUUUGUCGGGUUUUAUCCCAAUAGAGUUGGGUGGCUUAAAAAAUCUCACCCAUCUCGAUCUGUCUGAUAAUAGUCUGCAAGGUGGAGUUCCAUGAAACCCCCUCACUUGGAGGCAACCGCUGGGGUGGGGACUUCUUUGGAGUAACCCAGGAUCAGCUGCUCUCAUGUCCUACUAUCUAUCGGAGAAAAUAACCUGAUCAUAUAAAGUAUUUAUUCUAAUAUUUGGUUUCAUGUCACCCAUACUGUCGGUCUAUUUUAUGCUCACCAGGACGUCAAGAGCAAACAUGUCGUUCUUAUUUUGUUUUGGUUUUUGGCCAUGUGUAAUU